CAUUUGUUAAUUAAUAACUAAAAUUACACUAAAAUACAUAUAAAUGCAGAACACACUCAGCAGCAUCAAUAAGCAGAUUGAGACGCUGACUUGAUUACAGAAUGAAGAGGCUUGUGGUCUUAUUCUUCCUCUUUCUCCUCGCUGCAUCUGAAAGACAAACUCUUUCAGGUAAAAUGUUCACCUUUCCUGUGGAGUCCAAUCGACAUCAUGUGAGUCUCACUCCUGAGCUGAAUAACUCGAAUUUCACGGCGCUUACUGUUUGUCUGCGUGCCUUCUCCGACCUUUUCCAAAACCAGAGCCUUUUUUCGCUCGCGUUCCCAUCACAAGAAAAUGCCUUUGUAAUUUUCAAGCCCAAACAAGGCACAUAUAGGUUACAUGUGGGAGCACCAUAUGUAGAGUUUUUGGGCUUGCCGGAUGAUCCCAAUGUCUGGAAUUCAGUGUGCGCUACGUGGGAAGGGAAAACAGGAGUCGCUCAGCUGUGGGUCAAUGGAAACCCGAGCACACGGAAAGGAUUCUCUCGUGGAGGCUCUUUAAGUGGAGCGCCAAGCAUCACACUGGGUCAAGAACGAAGCAAGGCAGGUUUUGUCGCUUCCCGGUCAUUUGUUGGAAUGCUGACUGAUGUGCACAUGUGGGACUCUGUUCUUCCUCUUGAACAGCUUGCGUAUUAUACAUAUGGUCUGCAGUUUCAGCCCGGCAAUGUUCUCAACUGGAACUCCUUAGAAUUCAGUAAAAUUGGGUAUGUGCUACUUGAAUGUACGAAAACUACUCAAAAACUCAGAAUUAAUUAGACUCAAGCAUAAACUCAGGAACCUGUAGGAAGGAUUAAAAAAUAGACCCAUUGUGUGAUGUAACAAACAUGAACCGAUAAUCCAAUGAAAUGUCACUCAAUAUGCAAAAUGAACAGGUGAUAAUAAAUGCAUAAAUGCGGAAAAAUAUAAACGCAUGCACUA